AAGGGUUUGUUAUGGUGAGGCAGCCCUUACAAGACCCAGCGCCGCCACUCACAUUUUUACCUUUAUUUCCCUUGUUAUCCCCCUGGUGAGCCUCCAAGCUGAAAAUGCCGCCCACAGUGAACCAAGCACACGCCGUGGACCGGGAAAAGCGUCCACGCACCGGAGAAAGGAGCCAUCCUCAGCAGGAGCAGAUUCACAUUCGAAGAUCUGACCUGGUGAGUCGGGUCAAGUACUGCAACACCCUGCCGGACAUUCCCUUUGACCCCAAGUUCAUCAACUACCCCUUCGAUUCCAACAGGUACGUACGGUAUAAACAAACCUCGCUGGAGAAGAAUUACAAGUAUGAGGUUUUGACGGAGCAUGACCUCGGGGUGACCAUCGAUCUGAUCAACCCCGAGGCAUACGUCCCAGUGGCUGGCGACCAACUCCACCCCACCGAUGAGAAACUGCUGGAGGACGACAUUCUCACCCCACAGGAUGCCAAGAGGUCAAGACAUCACCACGUCAAUGUGUCAUGGCUGCGGCGGACAGAAUACAUCUCCACCGAGCCGACGCGAUUCCAGCCGCAGACCAACGAGAAGAUUGAAGCCACUGUCGGUUUUGCCACGCGUAGGAAGCAACAGGCGGAUGAAAACGUAUACACAGACCGAGACAGCCAACUGGAGGCCAUCGAAAAGACCUUCAAGGAUGUCAAAACACCCCUCAAGGUUCACUACAGCAAGCCGGGGGUGGUGGCCGUGGAGGAGCUGCCCAUAUUCCCCGACUUCUCACUCUGGAAGUACCCGUGCGCCCAGGUCAUCUUCGACUCUGACCCGGCCCCUGUGGGAAGACCGAUGCCCGCCCAGCUUGAGGAGAUGUCUCAGGCUAUGAUUAGGGGUGUGAUGGACGAGAGCGGAGAGCAGUUCGUAGCGUACUUCCUCCCCACCGAAGACACGCUCACCAAGAGGAAGAAGGACCAGGACGAGGGCGUAGAGUACCAGGACGAGGAGCAGUACGACUACCUGAUGGCGCGAGAGUACAACUGGAACGUGAAGAACAAGGCGUCGAAGGGCUACGAGGAGAACUACUUCAUGGUGGUGCGGAACGAUGGGGUCUACUACAACGAGCUGGAGACGAGAGUGCGACUGAGCAAGAGGAGGCUGAAGCAGGGCCAGCAACCGAACAACUCCCGCCUGGUUGUGCGCCACCGACCCCUCAACGCCCACGAACACAAGACUCAGCGCUUCAGGGAGAGGAUGCUGGAGCCACCGGGCGAGGAGGAGGAGGAGGAAGAGGAAGAGGAGGAGGAGGAAGAAGAGGAGGAGGAAGAGAUGGAGGUUGAGACUCAGGAGAAAGCUGAAGGUGAAGGGGAAGGUGAAGAAGGUAGUCACAAAGGGUCAGACGACGAGGAGGGCAGCGUCAGGUCACGGUCCCGCAGCAAGGAGCCUCCGCGCAGCAGGUCAGGCUCGCGCUCCGGCAGUGGCUCAAGGUCAAGGUCGCGAUCCGGGUCGAGGUCAAAGUCUAGGUCGAGGUCGAGGAGCAAAACCAAGUCCAGGUCACGAUCCAGGUCAUCCUCGGGGUCAAGGGCUUCUCGCUCGCCCACUCGCUCUCGUUCCCGCUCUCCGUCGAGGUCAAAGUCAAGGUCACGCUCGAGGUCAAGGCUGAGGUCGAGGUCAAAGAGUGGAUCGCGUACCCCUGAAAACCGAUCCCGGACUGGUUCCCCGGCAAGCUCUGAAAGGUCAGCGAGGUCAGCAAGGUCAGGCCGCUCCAGCAGGUCAGGUCGUUCCAGCCGGCGGAGUGGCAGUGGGUCACCAGCCGCCCCUCAAGCCGCCACACCCCAGCACUCCGGCUCAGACUCUCGCUCCUCAGACUCUGGCUCAGGAUCAGACUCAGAGUGAAAGUAAGAAAGUAUGGAGAGAGUUUGUGGAGUUGUCACGUUGCCUCACUGGGUCGCCUAGAAAAAUGUUACUUCUUUUUCCUUUUAUAUAAUUUUUUCUUCACUUUUUCUUCUUUUACACACGAUUGAAACGCUUAUUCCUUUUUGUUUUUCCUGCUCUUCCUUCAUGCAUCACCAAACUCCAAGAAUAAUGUUGGUUCAUCCUCCCUUUUCCCUGCUUUUCUUUCAUGUUCUUUUUCUUUUGCUUACGAUUGAAACUCAUUCCUUUUUGUUUUUCCCACUUUCCCUUCAUGCAUCACCAAACUCCAAGAAUAAUAUUGGUUCAUCCUCCCUUUUCCCUACUUUUCUUUCACUCUCCAUCUUCAUGUGUUGUCCAGUCAGGUGCUUCUAACUCCCUUUUCCUCAGUUUUUCUUCUUUCACACUUUGCCUCAUUGAAUCUCCAAGCAAACUGUUACUUCCUACUCUUUUUUUUCCACUUCUUUUCACUUUUUCUCCUUUCGUGUGUUGCCAGAUACUUCUUACUCCACUUUCCUCGCUUUUUCUUCCUCCAUUCUUUGCCAAGCAUCCGAGGUGUUGGUGCAGGGGAAGUGUUUUAUUUUAGGCUAUCAUUGUGUUUGGCUUCCCUCAUUAUCGGUGGUUAGGUUAGGUUAGGCGAGCAAGCAAAGCCAUCGAGAGAGAAAAACUGGGUGGGAAGAAUGUGUGUGUGUGUGUGUGUGUGUGUGUGUGUGUGUGUGUGUGAGAGAGUAUGUAUCUGUCUAUUGUUCUGUCUGUUUGUUUAUCUGUUCAUAUUUGAAAGCCACCCAUUCUUUUAUAAAUAAAUAUAUGUAAAUUCCAACUGGUCACGUGUCCUCUGCUAUCGGUCCUUAGACAUAUGAGGACAAGAGAGAACAUAUGGUAUGGACUCGCUACCUUCUCUCACUCCUCACCGAAAGGGCCAACAGACAGUCAUGCUAGGCGGUGUGGAAUGGUAAUGGCAUGCUGGGACAAAAUUAUGGCUUGUCCUUGUGGAAUGAUGUAUAGUUGCCAUGUUUACUGUAGGAGAGGAUAUGAGGACCCACAACCUUGUACAGUGAAGUGCAUGAUAAGGUAUGCUAAUGCUGUUCAUGGUCUCAGUGCUCAUCUCUGUCGCAUUAAGGGCAUGAGCAAGGUGGAAAUACAUGUUGAUGGACUCAUGGCUUGUCCAGUGGAAUGAUUAUAGUCAUUGAAAAUACACACAAAUUAUAGAGAAGUGAAUGAGGGUUGGAGUGAUAUGCUGAAUGAUGUGACCUGAAUGAGUGAAAGGAUGUGUACUCGCUCGGGUAAGUUGAAAAUUAAAGUGAAAAAUUAUAAUCAUAAAAAACACACACAAAUUAUAGAGAAGUGAAUGAGGGUUGGAGUGAUAUGCUGAAUGGUGUGACCUGAACAAGUGAAAGGAUGUGUACUCGCUCGGGUAAGUUGAAAAUUAAAGUGAAAAAUUAUAAUCAUAGAAAACACACACAAAUUAUAGAGAAGUGAAUGAGGGUUGGAGUGAUAUGCUGAAUGAUGUGACCAGAGCUAGUGAAAGGAUGUGUACUCGCUUUGGUAAGUUGAAAAUUAAAGUGAAAAGUUAUCAUCAAUGAAGACUUUUAAACCUGAAAGUACAUGAAAAAGAAAUGAAUGAGUGUUGAAGUUACAAGCGGAAUGACAUGACCUGAAUGUGUGAAAUGAUUUAAACGCGCUAGCAUAAGUAGAGAACUAAGAUGAAAUAUUAUCAACCAGAAAAUACAAAAUAAAAAAAGAAAUGAAUGAGUGUUGGAGUGACAAGCGGAAUGACAUGACCUGAACUAGUGAAAUGAUUUAAACGCGGUAGCAUAAGUAGAGAACUAAGAUGAAAUAUUAUCAACCAGAAAAUACAAAAUAAAAAAAGAAAUGAAUGAGUGUUAGAGUGAUAUGCUGAAUGACGUGACCUGAACUUGUGAAAUGAUGUGCACUCGCUAAAAUAAGUUGAAAAUAAUUAAGGCGAAAAAUUAUCAGCAAGAAAUUUUAAACCUGAAAAUUACACAAAAAUGAGGAAUUAACAAGUGUUGGAAUGACACGCUGAACGGUAUGACCUGACCAGGGGAAGGGAUGUAUGCUAGCUAGAAUAAGUUGAAAAUUGAGGUGAAAUAUUAUCACCCAGAAAAUAUACAAAAAAAAAGAAAA